UGCUGCUCUUUAAUUACUUCGCUGAACAGAAACAGUGUAGUGCAAUCCGCUCAGCUGGGGCAAUCGGCAGUCAUAGUUGACUUGCCUAAACUUACAUUUUGUUGUUUUAAGUCGUGCAGGAUCUUUUUUUGCAAAAAAGGAAGCAAAGAAGAAUUUGGCAGAGAUCACAUCUUUGGUGCAAUUUAACGUGAAAUAAAAGACAAUGACUCAAUUCAACAAGGGCCCAGCAUAUGGUUUAUCUGCUGAAGUGAGAAGCAAGAUUGCCCAGAAGUAUGACGUGCAGAAGGAAGAGGAGCUGAGGCACUGGAUUGAGGAUGUAACAGGAAUGCCAAUUGGAGAAAACUUCCAGAUGGGAUUGAAGGAUGGCGUCAUUCUGUGCGAACUGAUUAAUAAACUUCAACCAGGAUCCAUUAAGAAAAUCAACCAUUCCAAGUUGAACUGGCACAAGCUUGAGAACCUGGGCAACUUCAUCAAAGCCAUUCUUGCCUAUGGCCUGAAGCCUAACGACAUUUUUGAGGCCAAUGAUCUGUUCGAGAACGGAAACCUGACUCAAGUCCAGACCACACUUCUUGCGUUGGCCAGCAUGGCAAAAACCAAAGGUAUGAACACAAAAGUCGACAUUGGUGUUAAGUAUGCAGACAAGCAGACUCGCAGCUUUAAUGAUGAGAAAAUGAAGGCUGGUCAGUGUGUGAUUGGACUGCAGAUGGGGACAAAUAAGUGUGCUAGUCAGGCUGGAAUGACCGCUUAUGGUACUAGGAGACAUUUGUAUGACCCAAAGACUCAAGCGGACAAACCAUUUGACCAAACUACAAUCAGCCUGCAGAUGGGAACUAAUAAAGGAGCAAGCCAGGCUGGCAUGUCAGCCCCCGGCACCAGAAGAGACAUUUUCGACCAGAAAGUGGCUGUUCAGCCUUUGGACAACUCCACCAUCUCUCUGCAGAUGGGCACCAACAAAGUGGCCUCUCAAAAGGGCAUGAGCGUGUACGGGCUGGGCAGACAGGUGUACGACCCCAAAUACUGCUCCUCACCCACUGAGCCCACUAUCCACAGCAACGGCAGUCAGGGCACUGGCACCAAUGGCUCCGAGAUCAGCGACAGCGACUACCAGGCUGAAUACCAUGGCGAAUAUCAGGACGAAUACCAGGCAGACUACCAUGACGAAUACAGAGGCCACUAUGACCAUGGCAUUGACUAUUAAUCCACAAGAUCAUGGCACAGAUGAAUAUUUUUGGGAUCUUGGCUUCAACAGAGCGAGUUUGUUUUAUUUUUAAAAAAAUUUUCUUCCCCCGCUGGCCUUUUUUUUUUUAUACGACAAGAAACAGAUGUUAAGGGGAGUUUGUUUUUUAUGAUUGCUCUAUUGAUUACACAGUAUUUUAUUAGGUGGAUAGAUGAUUAGAUUUUAGUUUUGGCUUAAAAUAUUGGUCCUUUUUUAAAUAUCAAGAUUGAUUAGGAAACGUUUGUGACAUUUUAAACAUAAUUGUUUUGUAAAAUGAUAUUGGAUACCAGACUCUGGCUUGGUUUUGAAUGGAUGUUUUUAAUGAAUACAUGGAGAUUUCCUCCAGUUUCCAUACUGACUGCAGUGCAAACAGAAAAGAUAUACAUAUUCAUUGGUUCCCAGGCCGAUUUAAGCAUUGUGGCUCUUUAAGAUUUUCUUUCCUUUUAAAAUUUUAUUUUUUUUAUUAAACCAGUUUAUUUUUUACUUCGGUCUUUUUGACCAAACAAAGCAUUGCUAAAUUGUGCCAUAGGCCCAUCUUUACAUGUAGACCAACUCGUAUGUGUCCCCAGUCAUUCCAUUUGUGUUGUAUUUAUUGCCUGAGAUGCUCAAUAGAGACACCAGUCUUGUUGAAUGGCUCUUUUUUUUUAUUAAUUAUUUUAUUUUUUAAAUAAAAUUUUAAAUUUGCAGUCUA